AGUAGUCGUCUGCCCCCCUAAACGACUGCAUUUCACAGGCACAAUGCACACCCUGCAACUGUUUCUGCUCUUCCUAGCAAUGAUUUGUCUCCAACAAAAUGUGAAGGGGAGUGAAAUCAUAAAAGGUAAGAAAGCCAAGAAGAAUUCAAUGCUGUAUAUGGCAUCAGUGCAAAACAGGACAGCUAUGGGACAGCUACAACACCUAUGUGGAGGAUUCCUUGUCAGUGAAGACUUUGUAUUGACUGCUGCACACUGUGAUAGGUGGAAUCCUAUAAAUGUUGUUCUGGGCACCCACAAUCUCAAGAAAGCUGAGAAGACCAUGAUAUAUCAAAUAAAAAAGAAGUGCAAGCAUCCUUCUUACAACAAUGUUACAUUUGGAAAUGAUAUCAUGCUUCUCAAACUGUCUGAGAAAGUUUACCUGGACAAAAAAAGACGAAUUAAACCAAUUAAACUUCCAACUCAACAAAUAAACCUAAAAGAAAAAAAAACCUGCACAGUCGCUGGAUGGGGAGCCACAGAAAGUGGUGGUGAAACUGUUGAUAGCUUGCAAGUGGUGGAUGUUCCCAUCGUUAACCUGGAGAUGUGUAAGAGGAUUUGGCAAAAUAAAAUUCCCGAUAAUGUUAUCUGCGCAGGAGGAUACUACAAAAAUAAAGGAAUCUGUCAGGGUGAUUCUGGGGGUCCUCUGGUAUGUGACAAGAAGAUGGCAGUUGGUAUUGUUUCCUUUAACAACAACAAUAAAUGUGACUAUCCUGAUGUCCCCAACAUCUACACAGACAUUUCAAAAUUCCUGCCCUGGAUUAAAGACAUUCUCAACAAAAAGACUUGCUAAAUGUUUAAAUUGUAUUGUGGAUGUUGACACAAUUAAUAAUAAAAGCUCCGUCAUUUGCAAUAUCCAUAACUACAGAAUGAGACAGCUGAUUACUGCUUUUAAAUCCAAAUAAAACAAUUAUUUUUGUCAUCUUUAGAGAUAGUGGGGAGCAUUUUCAAUCACUCCAGACAGAGCUUUAAACAUAAUGUGAAACUCAUCAGUGUAUUACAGCAGACAUAAACGAGAAUAAAUAUAUAAUUAAAACUGCA